CCCAACAAUCACAAUUAAUCCAGAAAACACUAACAAAGACUCCAUUUUUAUCGAGCUACUCCGCACAUACAAAGCUCUUUCGUUCACGUAACUCCAAAAAUCAAUCGAUUAAGCCUCAAGAGAACAAAAAUUGUAAGAGAAUGAGUGAAUCCCAUGAAUCGCAAUCGUUCCUCAGAAGAUACUGGGAAGGGUACAAGGAGUUCUGGGCUGAGAGAUUCCCAUCUCUCGACAAUUACUCGAAAUUUAUAAUCUCCGAGAAGCCUUUGCCCCAUUGGGAUAGCUCUGUUGUCGAGGAGUUCGUCGCAUCUGAUCCCGUUCAUGGCCCUACUCUGAAAGCCACAAGAGAUGCAGCUAAUUUUGGUGUUUUAGGAGCUGCUAUUGGAGCAGUUUCAACUGGUGGACUUGCUUGGAAGUGGUCGAAAAGUCCUCACGGGGCAUUUCUGUCAUUUGCACUCGGGGGUGUCGUUGGGGCCACACUUGGGCUUGAAGCGGCCGGCCACUGGUAUCAACUGUAUAGGUUGGAUACAAAGGCUUCACAGGUAAAAUUUUACGAGUGGCUGCAGAAAAGGGCUUGAAUAGAAGAAGAUUACUCUUUGUGUUUGCUUGUCUGCAGAGGGGAAAUCAUUUUUAGCGAUACCAAUAAUAAAUAGCUCGAAUAUUCGAGAGGGGAAAAUAUUUAUAACCUGAUUUGUGGAAUUUUUUUCCGUGGGAUGUCUGUGUUUGCUAUUUGAUUGUGUUUGGUAUGGACAUGUUAUGUUCUGCUAUGCUGCUUGUGAUUUCUUUUAAUUUGGUUCUGUGAAUUGCAAUGUGUGCUUGGGGUUGAAUGUGUUAUAAAAUGCCAAAUCUUCUCAUUUCAAAGCAUUUGUGGCAAAAAAACUAUAAUGUUCA